CGACUCGCGUACCGUCGUGCGAUCUCGAGCAGGGAGGGGGCCGGUGCCAGAAAAGCCAACGGGGUCGCGUCGAAACUCCGCACCGAUAACGGACAUUUCAACCGUAUUUUCGCUUAAUUAGAGGAUAAUUAGGAUGCGAUUGGGGCGCGGAAGGCUCGGUUAAGGCCCGUCCAAGUGGCUCGAAUUCGAUUUCGAGGCGAUUCCGCGGCGCACCUCGGGGGGUUUCCAUCGCCAUUUUCGCCGUCCGCCCGCGGGUCGUUCGGGUGGUUCCACGGCGGUUCGUUACGCGGAAAUCGUUCCGGAAAAAGUGCCAGGUGCUCGAGUGUUUUUUUUUGUUUUGUACCUGUGGCGAAACGGGGGCGAUCGCGGUUGUGGUUGUAGCGCCGUAGCCCACAUUCGGACCCGAGUGGAAAUAUUGAUUGACGAGCGGCGUGUGUACUAUACAUCUUACAAAUCCCGUUGAUAAAAUUCGGUGGAAAUGCAACGCUUUCGGCUCGGUCUUCAGUACGGGAAAUUCUUCAAUAAAUUAUUUAAAAAUAGGUGAUUAUGAAUGUAUACAGUGAGUCAACCCGGAGCUGAUCUGGUAUGCAGUGGCGGAAAUUGGCGCGUUCGAAGAUCACUUCCGGUCGGUCACGCACGCGCAACAUGCUCUGCUGUGGCCGCAGAAAGGAUAAUGGACGUGAGGCUCUGGAUCUCACUGCGUCUCCACUGCGAGCACCAGCGGCAGCUCCGAACUCGAGGACCCCUCACCCGCCGAUGGUUAUCCAAGGCGAUUUCAGAAAGGUGUCGGGGAUCAGCAGCGAGAUUUUCAAGCAGAUUGAGACGAUAGAAAACGAUCACGAUGCAUCGACGGCGGCCGCUUUGGAGCACGUGGAACGACGCGGUGAGAUGAUAGUCCGCAUCCUGGAGGCGAGGCAGCUGGGCAGGACGGCCAACGGGGAGGCGGUGAAACGUUUCACCGCCAUGCAGGACGCCAAGCACACCGUCCAAUUCGUCGAAAUCGUCAAGCGGCCCGGCCAGACGCUGGGCCUCUACAUCAGAGAGGGCAACGGCAUCGACAGGAACGACGGCGUCUUCAUAUCGCGCAUCGCCUUGGAAUCGGCCGUCUACAACAGCGGAUGCUUGAAGGUGGGCGACGAGAUCCUGGCGGUGAACCUGGUGGACGUGACGAAGAUGAGCCUCGACGACGUGGUCAUCAUCAUGUCGAUACCGAGACGGCUGGUGCUGGCGACGAGGCAACGGAAGGCCACCAAGGGCGGCCAGAGCUCGCCGAGCGUUCAGCCGCGCGCCGAGCACAAACCGCCGCCCGUGGUGGUCAUCAAACGCGAGCUGAGAGAAGACGAGACCGACGACGGGGAUUUAGAUCACAGGGAUUCCAUUCGGCAACGGCACACCGGCGACGGUCGAGAAAUGUCCGAAUCGCGAUCCAGACUGGGCCUGGGGCUAUCGCCGAUGGACAACCGCCACGCCGGCCAGCAGGCCAUCGACUCCAACGGCCUGGAUCUCUACUACAACAGCCGACCGCCCGACGCGAAUUGGGGCUACCAACCGCCCCCGCCCGUUAUCACCGAACAACCCAAAUCCGGCAUGCAACAUUUCCAACCGUACGAACGGAGUUAUCCCAAUACGCUCGAAAGCCUUGCCGAAAAGGUCCACUCGUUCGGCAUGAGCAGGCGCAUGUCGGCCGGAGCGCAACCCCUGGGUCCCAGGAUUUCCUCGCAACAAAGCCCAUCGUCUCACUAUUACGUUCAGCACGCGGGCACCGGCGGCCGACGGAUCAUGCCCAGGUCCGGAUCCGACCAGCACCUGCCCCAAACCGAGUACUCCGAUUACACCAGCAUCACCCAAGCCGGACGCCACAGCUUGCUGAGGAGCAGCCUCAAAUCCGGCUCCACUCUAAGCAGAUACAAUCAACGUUUCGUGGAUCAAUCGGCCGUGGCGGCGCAAAUAGCCCAAGCGAAGUACGGCUCGAGCGGGGGCUCCCAGUACGGGACGGCGGGAACGAUGCGGCGCGCUAGAGGUAGCCUGGAUUACUCCAGCGAUACUGAGGCGACGUCCGGACGAGCCGGUUACUACUACUACGGACGAAACCAGGGCUCGGGAGCGCCGUCGGCGGGCGGCAUUCCGCACAGUACGAUACCGACGUUGGGCCGACAGAAUUCCAUCGGCACGUCCGACAUCACCGCCAAGUUUAAUUCGCUGCCGCGGGACGCGCGAGCGGCGUCGAGCAGAUUGGCGAUGAACAAGCGGUUCGGCGACAGGAGCGUGUCGUUGAUACAGGACGAGGCGGACGGGGCGCUCUCCGCUCCGGAGAUGCCAUCGUCGAUCAGGCGAGACCGAGAUGAGUACAGACAGUGGUUGAGCCGGACGCCGUCGACGUCGGCGAUCUACGAGCAGAUACGGGCGUCGCGCGACGUCCUCAACCAGCAGCGCGCCGCCCGGUUCACCUACAGCGCCGAGAACAUACACGACGCCCUAAAGAACAUGGAGAGCGGCUUGUACGGCGGCUACGGCCGGCCCGGCGCCACCUCCACGCUGGACCGGCACUUCGUUCGAUCGCAGACGACCAGCGUACCGGCGAGGUCUCUAUCAACGCAACAUAUCACGUCAGCUCUGAGUAGUUCGAGAUCGCCGUCGAUGAGGCGGAUGCGACAGCUGCUCGACCUGGACGCGGUGAGGACGGGGGCGCCCAGCCCCGUGCCGACGCCCAGCGGGACGCUUCCGCGUGGCCAGCGACAGCUCGACAUCAAUCCCGCCGAGUUCCUCAAGUACAAGCUCGACAAGCCCGCCGGACUCGUCGGCGGGACCUCCAUAACAGGUCUUUCUCAACUAGCGUCCGGACCUGGAGGUUUUUCCACCGACGAGCCCGUAAGCGGGAUGUUGUGGGUGCAUUUACUGGCCGGUAGAGGAUUGAGACCGUCUACCGGUACAUCAGCGGCUACGACGCCCGUGACGCCUAGCGGAGGAGCUCCCAGUAUAACAGGACCGGCGACCGUGAGAGAUUUGUAUUGCGUGCUGGAAUGCGACCGUGUACAUAAAGCUCGUACCGUGGUGAGGACCGGCGAUUUGGUGUUCGACUGGGACGAAAGCUUCGAACUGGAUUUAGUCAACAACAAGGAAUUGGACCUGCUGAUCUACUCCUGGGAUCCGCAAUACAGGCACAAGUUGUGCUACAAGGGUUCAGUUUAUUUGCCUACGCUGCUCAAGUCCGGCCCUAUACACCAAUUAGCGCUUAAAAUUGAACCGAGAGGCACGCUGUAUUUGAGACUGAGACACACCGAUUCGCAGACGUUCUACAGACGACGCGCGCCGUCCACGUUGACCCUAUCCCGCACGACGCCGCUGUUCGGCGUCGACCUCGAAACCGUCGUGUCGAGGGAAAGCAAGACGGGCGGCGUGCCCGGCGGCGUCGCCACCGGCCUCGUCACCGGCGUGCAGCACAACGUGCCCAUCAUCGUGCGUCGGUGCGUGGAGGAGGUCGAACGGCGCGGGCUCGACAUCAUCGGCCUCUACCGCCUCUGCGGCUCGGCCACCAAGAAGCGCAUCCUGCGCGAGGCCUUCGAACGGAACAGCCGCUCCGUCGACCUCAGUCCCGACAACGUGCCCGACAUCAACGUCAUCACGGGCGUGCUCAAGGACUAUCUGCGCGAGCUGCCCGAGCCGCUCUUCACCAAAUGCCUCUACCAGAUGAUGGUCGACGCGCUGGGCGUGUGCCUGCCCGACGAUCCCGAGGGCAACGCCAAGCUCAUGUUCUCCAUAUUGGAUUGCCUGCCGAGAAUCAACAGGGCCACUUUGAUAUUCCUGAUGGACCAUCUGGCUCUGGUCGUGUCCGCUUCGGAUCGCAACAAAAUGUCCGCCCAGAACCUGGCGACGGCGCUGGCGCCGCCGCUGAUGAUGCAAACGGGCGAUACCGUGACGCCCACCAAGCCGCCCUACGACGCCGACUAUCAGCAGCCCAUCGGCGUGCUGAAGUACCUGUUGCAGAUCUGGCCGACGCCCAAGCACCACCAUCACUCAGGUCGGCGCGGCAGGCCAUCCGGGCCGCGUGGAGACAGUCGCAAUGCGUGUCCUCAGGGAGUAGCGUCGGCGCCGGUAUCGCUGGGAUCCCUGGCGGCGGUGCGAGAGCCGUCUCGGCUCUCAGCGGCUCCGUUUCCUCCUCCUCCUCGCUCAGCAGCCUCGGGCCCCCGCGGCCUACAGCCACAGGUCCCAUUACACCAGACACUAGGCCAAUCAUCAGCAAGCAAAGGUCCCUACCGUCCACUAUCCCCUCGGGUAGGACCGCAAGCCACGUCCUCGGUCGCAGCGCUUCGGCCGCGGCAAGUGAUUGUGUCUUCGCCAGGCUCGCCAAGCAGCAGUAGCGAUUCCCAAAGCGGUUCGGAAUCGGUUAAACACUGCCUGCCCGGCCGCGUCGGUUCGCCCGUCGUCCGGGCGUCGCCUUCGGCGCAAUCGGCGCUGCGAUCGUCGCCGUCGGUGUCGAUCGGCUCGCCGGGACCGAGGAACUCGCCGUCGGUGUCGAGCCUGAGCCGGGCCAGCCCGUCGAUGCUCAACCAGACGGUGUCGAGGUCGAGCUCGCCGGCCAUGCAGGCGAGCAGCGCCGGCCUGAACGUCACGUUGGGCGGCGCGACGCCGUCGUUCGGCUCGACGCUAUCGGGCUACCAGAGCUCGUUGAUGUCGAACGCGACCACCGGCGGCGGCCCGGCUUCGAGCGACUACGGUUGGAACUACACGCCGUCGUCGACGUACUCGAGCCAAUCGCAGGCGCAGCCGCCGCCGACCUACUCGAGCACGAACCCAUUCCUCACCGGCUCGUACAUGAGCUACACGCCGGGCGAGUCGAACUUCGCCGAGAAGUUCAACACCAUCGGCCCGUCCAAGGAGAUCAAAUCGUUCUUCGAGUCGUACACCAGCGACGUCGGCAAGUACUCGACGUUGAAUCCGAGAACGGGCGCGUCCUACGACGCGGACUACCUGUAUUCGGGCUCGGCGGAUGGGAAGACCAACGGAUUGGGUACCAGCCGGUACCUGAGCGACUUCAAGUUCGCCGGGCGCGGCGCCGGCGAGUACGAAAGCGCAGGCGCCGGCGCCGGCGCCGGACAGGGCGGCUCGGCGGCCGGGUUGUUGCACGUGGAAGAGACGCCGACGCCGACGAGCAGCAUCGAGACGGAGGACAGCAACACGAGAGAGGUGGGCGAGAAGGACGUCGAAGGGGACGGAGAACAAAGCGACUGAAUGGAUUCAGGCGAAGCGGCUCGGGCGCCACCCCUCGAUUAAUUCGUACUAGGUAAUCACUGAUUAAUGGUAACGGCACAAAACUAAUGUUAUUAUUGGGUAAUAUCGUAGGGUUUAGGUACUGUCACUCAUUGUCGAUGUAUCUACCAUUUUAAAUUCGUCUGUCAUUACAUUCGUAAACGCGGUAAUGAGAGGUGUUCGAGCGUCUCGUCUGUUGCGGAGCGGGCUUCUCUUGGUCCCGCGAAUAUUUUUUAGAUGAAAAUUAUUUUAUUUUUUUUUUGUAUUAUUAAUUCGCUAUGAUGGUAAACGAGUGGCUCUGCACGAGGCGUUCGACCCAUUGGAUAUAUUGCUUACUAGAAAUCAAACUGAAUCAAUAUAGGAGUCAUUGUUAUCUAAUAUUUAAAUUUAUAUUAUUUUAGUUGUUAGUUAAAUCGAUGAUAGAAUUUUAAAUGGAAAGAAAAAAAAUAGAUAAUAAUUGUUGCGUGUGUUUGCACAACUAUGUUUUUUCGUUGUUUAUUGUAUAUGUUCUUUCAAAAGUGUGAUAUUCACUCGAUGUUAUUUAGGUACAGAUUUUCCCAUGCCGGUUGUCUCGAAAUUUAAUUGAAUUUAUCAAAGUAAGAAAUGUCGUUUGUAAGAAUACUUGUCCCACUAUUAAAAAUCUCUACUAUUAUACAAAGGGAAAAUGUUAUUUUGUCAUUGUAGUUCAUUGGAAGCGCCUCGACAAAACAUUAAUGGUCGAUUUCCAAUUCCAUUUUUUUGAACCAUUUCAAAAAAUUUCCAAAUUAAAGGCGUUGAAGAUGAAAAAAAUCUUGUUGGCUCCAGAUGGGAUUAUACGGGCUUAUUUACAAUUAUCGCUAUAACUUCAUCAGUAAGAAUAUCAAGAUAAAGUUAAGAAGGAGUUUUUAAGGCAAUAUGAAUUCGCGACAAUAAAGAUUCGGAAGGAUAAUUAACAUUUGAGUUAUUAUUUUAUUGGCGAUUAGAUUUCAAAAUUUGCCGUUUGUUUGUGAAAAAUAAUUAAGUUUUCGUUCGUAUUCUUACUGAUAGAAAAGAAAGUGUCUUUGAUUUUAACGAAUGCACAAAUUAAUAAAAUACCUACCUACUAAUUAUAUAAAACAACGUCACUGCCAUGUAACGUAUUUUAGGCAGAUAUUUCCAAUUUAGUGUAUAAUACUAUUUAUAGCGGAUUUUUUUAAAAAAGGAAACUAAUACAUAAUAAUCGAAAGAAUAAUAAUGAAUACUUGUAGAGUUUGUGACAAUUGAUUUUCUAUAGGAUUUGUAAUUUUUCAUAAUACCCUUUUAUCGCUUUGAGACUCUGUACAUUUUUAAGAACGAUAACCAAAACAGAAAAAACAAAAUAACUGUAAAUAUUAGUGACAACAUAAGGUAAAAGUCAGGACAAAACUCAACAGUUAAUCGUAUGAGAAUUCCUUCGAGUCUAUCAAAUUUUCCAUUAAUUGUUGUUAAUUUUUUAUAUUUUAUAUGUAGGAUGUUGUGAAUUCGUUUUAUGUUAUAUUUGUGUUGAUUGCCAUGCAAAAAUUUACAUUCUAAGCAGACGUUUCUUGAGAAAUAAAUGUUUCCGUUACUAAUAAAAUGUUUAUUAAAGUAAUAAUUAGCGACGAACAUUCGCUCCCGAUCGAAUUCGAAUUCCAUUAAAUAUUUGUAUGGCAAAAUAAGUGAAUAAUUGUACGUAACUUUGAAUGUAUGUAGAAAACAGAAAGACGUUCCGAAUGCAUACCACGUGCUUCUUCCAAAUAUUUACCUCCUAGUCACACUGUCGAACAAGAAACAGAAACGCUAAAUAUCAUUUAACGAACUGUACAUAUUUAUAAAUAUAUAUAAAUACUAAACAUAAGGAGUAAGGAACGUUCGCUUGUAAGCUCUAUGAACAAUUCCGGGCGACCGGGCUCGGCGAAUUCCGGGGAUCCCCCGGCGCAUUUUAUACAAACCGCGGUAAUUUUGUAAGGAAACCGGCGCCGAAAUCGCCGAGCGCGCCCGCCGAACUUGUGCAAUAUAAAUGUGAAAAAAAAAUAUCCAAAACCCGUACUCUUUUGCAAUUUUGUACUUACUUUGCGGUGCUAGGGAGCAGUCAUUAGGUUUUUGGUGUUUACAAUGCGUACACAAAAUAAUAAAUAGGUACCGGGAAUCUCGAUCUUGAGAAUCUUCACGUUAGUUCGUUGCGAACUCGAUGAAUGUGAAUAAUCGAAAUGUCAAAACAAUCUCGAUGGGUACCUAAUCGCCUAAAAAAGUAGUAAAUGUGGCUAAAAAUAAAUAUAUUGUAUAUUGAUUAUGUUAGGGACUGUGUGCUGUGGAGAGAGAUACUCUAGUCAAUUUUAAGUUUAGUCAAUUUUUAGGGAUGAGUAGUUGAAUUUAAUUACUAUUGAUUAUUAGAUGAUUACGCAGGCACUGGGCAAAUACAAUGAAUUUCCGGAGCGUUCAUCGGUGAUUAAAAAAUAGAUUUUUUUCCUCGUUUGGUACCCGAACAGUUUUUUCUCUGCGACGCGACAUAUCACUUAAUUGUAUCAUCGUGAGGCUGAAAGUUAUAUCAAUGGGAAAUUUAGUGGAUUUUGGGGGUACAAGGGAUUUGUAGUAAGAGACAAAAUUGGCCUAAUUUGAAGACGGUGGAAUUUCAGCUUCAUCCAUCGGUUAAUUAAAUUUAAAUGUAAUUUCGGCGUAAAUAAAAACCAACUAUUUUUUAAUCAUUCUUGAGGUCCGCAUAUGAGAAGAAUUAAAUUAUAUAUUAUAUAAAUUUAAAAAACAAACAGAUGGCGUAUGUAAGAAUGUUGUAUGCACAUAUCAUAAUAGAAUUUAUACUUUUCCUAUAAAUGGCUGAAGUGUGUACAAUAACUACGUAAAAACCUUGACCAUAUACAUCAUUAUCUAGCUAAACAAAGAGAAAUGAGAAUUAUCCUGGAAAAUAUUGGAAAUUUUAACUAUAGCUUGUUGAAUUUAUUGAAAUAGGAAAAUCGAAUGGCGAAUUUGAAUUUGAUGUUGUAGAUUAAAGAAUGUUUAUUUUUUUCGACUUUCGUUGACUACCCACUAGGAUUUAUGGAAAAUAUUUUUAAUAUCCGAUAUUUUGCAUUUUUUUUACACGUAACUCAUAAAAUAUCCAAUAUUUUUACAAAUUUAUACCUACCUAUAUCAAUUUCUUUCCCUAUACCUAUAGACUAUUAAAUUGUUAUGUAUACAAAUUUGUUUCCACAAUAACUUCACAAAAUUUUACGGCGGUCAAAAUAAAAAUCACACGCUCAGUUCCAUCCAAAAAGCUACAAAAAAAAUUCCAACUUUUACCCAGUAAAUUUUACAUCGACAAUAACCAUACAAAUAUUCUUUUCCCUUGCGCAUCGUUUCGGUGGCCGGUUAAAAUUUUGUGAAUUUAUUCGAAAAAAAAAACUUACGACAAAAUAUAGAUGUUAAAAAUAAACUAUAAAUUAUCAGUAUUUAAGAAUAGCUUUUCGAACGGCUAGAACCC